CGAUAAAUGUUCCGUUCUACCGAUUGGUGCGUCCGAACCAUUUGGAAUUAUUAUAUCGGUGGGUUUUUGCUGCCAAACUCUGAUCGUGAGAGGGACCUUGGCAUCGUUGUGACCCCAGACCUAAAAUCGACUGAAGAUACCUCAAGGAAAGUCGCUUCUGCCAACGAGUUGUUUUUCGCCGUACGACCAUCCUUCUCCCGGUUGACUCCGAUCUUCAGACUCGUGUUCACUCUUCAUGUACGACUGAUUCUUGCGAAUGGAAUACCUGCUGCCUAUCCUCUUUCCAAAUUUGAAUGCAACCUGAUUAAAAAGGUUCAGCGGAGAGGAUUUAAAUCCAUACUGAAGUUACGGAACCUGCCUUACAUCGUCUUCAGCGCAUGAAGUUGUCCUCCUUAGCUUAUCGUCGAGAUAUCGGGGAUUUGAUUUUCACGCGACGUAUCGUUGGGGGUGAGCUUGGAGCUGAACUGCAGGAUUUCCACUCAAUUCCUUCAGUUCGACUCGGGGCCACCAUUGGAAAUUGUUUAAAUGAGACUUCGGGUCUGUUGUGCCGUCACUCUGUCUACCAGAGUCGUGAACGAG